AUGGCUAAAGAAGUAGAAAAGAUGGAGAAAAAUUAUAUUGUGUUGCACAGUAAGGUUGAUAUUGUUGCAGAUGCCAUUGUGAAGUUGGUUGAAUUCAAUACGGAUUAUUCAACCAAGCUUGAAGUGAAAUCGGAGCAGGAUUUUAAGAUUAAGGUUUUCAUAGAUAACUACUUUGCUUGCCUAGCAAUAACUGAUAUUGAGCUUUCUAUGGAUGUUAACAAAACUUCGAAGGUUCCUCAGUCAUUGUUGAAAGGGAAGGAUAAUAUUGGGAAGUUUGAAGAUGUAGAAAUAAUACAUCAACCAUUUGGUGUAGUGUUUCGAGGGAAAACAAGAAUGGGAAGAUGA